AAUCGAAAGUACACGCUGGGUAAAAUUAUUGGGAAUUUUUCUUACGUGUAAUGCGAGCAUCUUUGCUCAAAGUGAAAAAAGAUGAAAAAUUCGACCUGAUGGAGACGAAUACUGACGCUGGAGUUGUGUCUGAAUGCUGUCUCCGCGUAAGCGGGGUUUCCGUGGACACCAGCCCGGAGUCUCUGCUCGAUUUUAUUCAGGAAGAAUGCCGUCGCUUGGGCGGAGGUGAAGUCCGCCAUGUUGUACGUACUAAAGAGAAAGAGGCAGUGGUCAUAUUCAGUGACAAGCAUGUGAGAGAGAAUAUUUUACAAAGACACCUUCAGCACCCAAUGGAGGGUAGACAUUUAUUUACUAGUCUGACAGAAUGCCCAGAAGAUCUGGCAAUAAAAACGAUCCAGGAAAUAGAGGAAAAAAAGGAAAUGGAACAUCAAUCAUCUCACUUAGAAAAAGGUAACCCUGCUUCCUUCAGUGCUCCCUUUGAUCCUACUCGAAGUCAACCAAAGUAUGCAUGGGGGCCUGAUUAUGCUGCACCAACCUUGGCAUCUCCAGCUGCAGGAGAUUUUCGUAGUGCUUGGGGAUAUCACAUGGGACCUACCCCCUCACAAUCAGGACCUGUCUACAGCCCAGGGUACGGUUAUCAUGGCUAUGGUCAGUCACCAGCUGGUCCUACAGGUGUCCCUAUCUGGAAUGUACCUGUAGGUCCGACAUAUCCUCCACCUCCAUAUCAAGCUGUAUCUCAUUCAGUGGACACAGGGAACCUCAAGAUGCACAACUGUCUGAUAACAGUACAGGGAUUUACUCCACAAACAACAAGGGGUGCUAUACAGCAGUACUUUGAGAAUGAAUUUCCUUCUGGUGGUGGAGUCAUGAAAAGUUUUGAUUACAACACACAGAUGAGGGUGGCUCGAUUUGUGUACAAGGAUCCUGCAGUUUCAGAGAGAGUUCUCAGUAAAAGUGACCACCAGUUGGAUGGUGCUGCUUUGACUGUAACCCAGGGGUCAUUUCACAUUGGGCUUGAGACAGAAAACCAACUGGAUAAAACAGAACUAAAAACAGUGCCAGAAACAGCUAAAACAGAGAAUAAAACCCUUCAGAUUCAGGGGUUUAACUGUGGCACAGAUAGUGAAAUAAUAAGGAUGUUUUUUGAAAGCAAAAAACGCUCUGGAGGUGGUGAAAUUGAGUCCUUUGACAUGCCAAGGAAGGAUGUUGCUUAUAUAACAUUCAGACAUCCAGAAGAUGCACAGGCAGUACUGAGCAGAGGUGAUCUUGAGUUAGAUGGCGCCAAACUAGAUAUUUCUACAUACACAGCAAAGAGUGGGGAUUAUUACCAUAAAACCAUAGAAGUACGUGGGUUCAGGGAUACCACUCAGGACAGCACAAUUGAGAUGUUCUUUGAAAGUGGAAAGCGCUCAGGGGGAGGUUCUAUAGAAACCACGAAAGUUGAUCGAGCAAAUGGAGUGGCUUACAUUACUUUUCAUGACAAAGCAGUUGUGGAACAAGUUUUGGGAAAAGGAAUAUUGCAGUUGGAAGAAGCUCAGUUGUCAGUUACAAGGGCAAGGGAAGAGAAAGAAGAAGAUGCUACAGUUGAAGUCCAUGGGAUAAAGAGAGAGACCUCUGACAUAGCAUUGGAGAUGUUUUUUGAAAAUGAAAAGAAAUCUGGUGGAGGAGACAUAAGGCAAUUGAAAAGAGAUCAUUCCAGAAAUGUUGCUCUGAUUACAUAUGAGAAUCCAGCAGUGGCAAGAAGUGUGUUAGAAAAGGGCAGCUUCAGAUUACAAAACAUGGAUCUGAGAGUACAGAGACCAUCCAAAACUUCUCAAAAUUUACAAGAAGAUAGAGACUCCCCUUUUCAGCGCACUGUCAUUUUGAAAGGCAUAAGAAAGGAAACUUCUCAAGAACUGGUAGAAAUGCUCUUUGAGAAUGAGAAAAGAACAGGUGGAGGAGACAUUGAGAUUCUGUCCAGGGAUCCCAGUAGUGGAGUUAUGACUAUAGUGUACAAGGAUGCAGAAGUUGCUGCCAGAGUGCUGUCGCGAGAAGUGCUUAGUGUUGAUGGUGUAGAUGUCUUGAUUAGUAGACCACAGCCAGAUAUACAACAUGAAGAAAUCAGCCCAGAGGAAGACAGUUUCACCACUGUAGAAGUCAGAGGAGUGAAAAGUUCUACUUCAGAUGAGAUGAUAAGUCUAUUUUUUGAAAAUUCCAAAAAAUCAGGUGGAGGUGAAAUAAAAGAAAUAACCCGCUCCCCAACAACAGGUGUGGUGACUAUCACUUUCAGUGAUCCUAAUGUGGCAAGAAGUGUGUUAGAAAAGGGCAGCUUCAGAUUACAAGACAUGGAUCUGAAAGUACAGAGACCAUCCAAAACUUCUCAAAAUUUACAAGAAGAUAGAGACUCCCCUUUUCAGCGCACUGUCAUUUUGAAAGGCAUAAGAAAGGAAACUUCUCAAGAACUGGUAGAAAUGCUCUUUGAGAAUGAGAAAAGAACAGGUGGAGGAGACAUUGAGAUUCUGUCCAGGGAUCCCAGUAGUGGAGUUAUGACUAUAGUGUACAAGGAUGCAGAAGUUGCUGCCAGAGUGCUGUCGCGAGAAGUGCUUAGUGUUGAUGGUGUAGAUGUCUUGAUUAGUAGACCACAGCCAGAUAUACAACAUGAAGAAAUCAGCCCAGAGGAAGACAGUUUCACCACUGUAGAAGUCAGAGGAGUGAAAAGUUCUACUUCAGAUGAGAUGAUAAGUCUAUUUUUUGAAAAUUCCAAAAAAUCAGGUGGAGGUGAAAUAAAAGAAAUAACCCGCUCCCCAACAACAGGUGUGGUGACUAUCACUUUCAGUGAUCCUAAUGUGGCAAGAAGUGUGUUAGAAAAGGGCAGCUUCAGAUUACAAGACAUGGAUCUGAAAGUACAGAGACCAUCAAAAACUUCUCAAAAUUUACAAGAAGAUAGAGACUCCCCUUUUCAGCGCACUGUCAUUUUGAAAGGCAUAAGAAAGGAAACUUCUGAAGAACUGGUAGAAAUGCUCUUUGAGAAUGAGAAAAGAACAGGUGGAGGAGACAUUGAGAUUCUGUCCAGGGAUCCCAGUAGUGGAGUUAUGACUAUAGUGUACAAGGAUGCAGAAGUUGCUGCCAGAGUGCUGUCGCGAGAAGUGCUUAGUGUUGAUGGUGAAGAUGUCUUGAUUAGUAGACCACAGCCAGAUAUACAACAUGAAGAAAUCAGCCCAGAGGAAGACAGUUUCACCACUGUAGAAGUCAGAGGAGUGAAAAGUUCUACUUCAGAUGAGAUGAUAAGUCUAUUUUUUGAAAAUUCCAAAAAAUCAGGUGGAGGUGAAAUAAAAGAAAUAACCCGCUCCCCAACAACAGGUGUGGUGACUAUCACUUUCAGUGAUCCUAAUGUGGCCAGGCAGGUACUUGACAGGAAAGGACUUAGUUUAGAAGGUGCAUCACUGUCAGUUAGUCUCCCAGUGCCUUCAAGAACUAUAGAGGUACGAGGGAUAAAGAAGGGAACCUCUAAUGAAACUCUGGAAAUGCUGUUUGAAAACAAGAAAAGAACAGGUGGGGGGAAAGUUGAGCUGAUAGAGCACAAGCAGGAUUUCAUUCUCAUCACAUUUGAAGAUGCAGCAGUUGCUGAAAGUGUGGUAAUGCACAACCAAUCUAAAAAAAUUAUAUGGGAAGGCCAAGACUUGGAGAUAUGUUUACACACUGAAGGCCAACCAACAGAAGAGCCAGAGGAGAAUGAAAACAUCUUAAAAGAAAGACUUGUGCAGACAAAAGCAUGUUCUAGCACCAUUCGAGUCAAAGGAUUAAAAAAGUCCACCAGCAAGGUCACCAUUCAGAUGUUUUUUGAAAAUCGAAAAAGGUCUGGGGGAGGGAAUGUGCUUAAUGUGGAAGUGAACAAUGAAGCUAGAGAAGCAGUGGUGACAUUUAAAGAGCCAGAAGCUGUGAAUCGGGUGUUGCAGAAAUCAGAGUCAGAGGUUGGACUUCAGUUGGAAGGCUGUAGACUUCAUGCCAUUCUCUCUACACCUCCACCCCCCAUUGAUAAGCACAGGAUAUUCAUCAAGGGACUGACAGAGACCAUAACAAAUGAACUUUUAGAAAAUUUUCUUGAAGCAAAAACAAACUGUGAUAUAGAGAGCAUUGCAUAUGGUAGUGAAAUGGGAACAGUGCUGGUAACAUUUCAAGACAUUCCAGAUUUUGAGGUAUUAAAAACUGCAUGUGAUGACAGGACCAUAGAAGGUGUGCACCUAACUGUGGAAAAAGUGUCGCAGUCCAACAGCAUCCAAGUGUUUGAUUUGGCCCCAAAUGUCAGCAGAGAUUUCUUAGAAGCCCAUUUUGGAAACCAGACACGCAGUAAUGGGGGACCUGUUGAAGCAGUUCAACUUUACCAAGACAUGAACACAGCAGUAGUUACAUUUGGAGACAUUGAGGUAGUGGAGAAGGUCCUCAAAAAACAACAAGUUCUGAACGACAAGGUUUGCAGGACAGCCAUUUUCUACAAGUGCCUUGGUGUUCUCCCUGGAGACCAUGACCGCUCCAAGCCAUAUUUCCCCCUGCCUACACCAGUGAGUCCUCAUGGCUUAAAUAUGACAGUCAUCCACUUCAUCUCCAACAUUCCACGACACAAACAACUUGUGGAUGAGCAGUUUGAAAAAAUACAUGCCAGAGUUCAUUGGCCAAGCAAAGAGUCGGACACUCUCACUGUGGUUUGUACCAUUACCCGCAGCAUGCCAGAUUACCAAAAAUUGGCCAAGGCUUGGAGAGCAAAUGUAGAAAGUACAGUGCAAAAAUGUUUUGUAGAAGAUUUCUAUUACAGCGAGUUUGCCAUCCUUCAAGCUGCCUGGGACAGGGUACUUGAACGGUUGAAAAAUAUCUCCCAGCCAUCAAAUGAUGACUUUGUACUACAGAUAGAAGAGAAGGACCACAUGUUGAGAGUUUUUGGGGAAGCAGUGACAGCUCAAAGAGUGGCAAAAGAUGUCCAUAGCAUUAAUGCCCAGGUAGAUGAUGAAAUCAAACGUGAAGCUGCAACCAUUACAGAAAAGAAGAAUUUUAUGUCACAUGAACUACGCUACCUUUUGGCAAUUAAAUAUAUUGACACUGCAAAAAGCAAGUUUCCAAAUCUGAAGAUAAGAAUUGACCUGGAUCAUGGAGCAGUGGUGCUGACUGGGAUUCCAGAUGACAUAAAUCAAGCCAAGAUAGCCAUUUAUGAGAUCAACAAUUCAUUACAACGUGAGGCAUUCUCAGUGUCAAAAUAUAUUCUUGAGCUCAUUCCAACCAAAGCAUGCCAUGCACACCUUGUGGGACUGUUUCAAGAGAAACAACUUUUGGCAGUCUGGAAAGCAGGUGAGAGAGACAUUACAGUGUAUGCUGCCACUCAGGAUGAUGUGGCACGUGCCAAAGCCAUCAUAAGAGCUAGUCUUGUGGAAACGCCUCUCCCCAUAGCUGCUGAAUCAAGAUCCAUCGUGGGUUCUCCAGCAUGGAAAGAUGUCAUUACUGAACAGGAAAGACAACAUGCAGGACUUUUCAAAAUUUUCCCCGAAGAUGACAUGAGUGCAGUCACUGUUGUUUCCACAAAAGAUUUAAUGGGAUAUUUCUUGGAGAUAAUUCAGGAUUUUCUGAGAGCUAACACCAUCCAUAGGAAAUAUCUUCGCAUGGAGAAUGGAAAGGUACGUUUUCUUCGAAUGCAUAAGAAGCAGGAACUCAGAAACAUUGAAAGUGAAUUGGUUGGAAAUCAAGUCAAAGUUAAGUUUAGUGAAAGUCCAGCAGACCCAGGGUUCCUUAUAACAGGCACUGAAGAUGGUUUGAUUGCUGCUGAACAAAGAGUAGUUGAUCUUGCCAAGAAAGUUGAUUCCACAGUGAAAGAAGUAAACACACCUGGCAUGCGCAAAUAUAUAAUUUCACAACGAGGACGAGAGUUUCUAGACCAUCUAGAGAACAAAGGUAACUGCACUGUUGAGUUACCUCAGCCAGUUGCAUCUAGUGAAAAAACAAAAACAGUAGAGGAAGAAGAUGCCAGAAAUCCAAUAACAAAGUCCACCUUGAUUGCCGAGGCCAAGACAGUUGAAGGAUGUAAUGUGGCAAUUUACCAAGAUGAUCUUACAAAGCACAAAGCUGAUGCCAUUGUUAAUGCUGCCAAUAGAAAUCUUCAACACAAAGGAGGCCUGGCGAAAGCUAUACUAGAUAAAGGUGGAAAAGAAAUCCAGAAAGAGUGUGAAAUGUACACCAGGAAGAAUGGAGCCCUUUUGGAUGGCCAGGUUUUCACAUCUACUGCAGGAAAACUUAAAAAUUGUAGAAAGGUCAUUCAUGCAGUUGGACCAUUUUGGCAAGGAGGCAACAAAAACGAAGAAAAUCUUUUAUAUGAAGCAGUUUUGGGCUGCCUUGAGGAGGCGACUACACUUCGGUUUAAGUCUAUCGCUUUACCAGCACUUAGUUCUGGGGUGUAUAAUUUCCCUCUUCAUAAAUGUGGGCGAAUAAUUUGUGAAGCAAUCAAAGACUUCUCUAGGGACACCAGGCAUGGUUCACUGACAGAUAUUCACCUGGUGGCUAUGGAGGACAGCACUAUUGAUGCAUUGAAAAGAGCUCUGAUCAGAGUGAUUAGAACACCAGGUACACCUCAAGAUGAAGAUGAGGAUGAAGAAGAUGACGAUGUUGAUGAUUUAGUUGGUGCGGUAGGAUACACAGAUCCAGGAGAAGUUCUAAGAGAUGAAGAUUUCAGUGAGUUAGAAGAAAGCAUCAUAGUGUCGGAUUCUGAUCCAUUGUAUUACCAGACAGGGAAGGCAGGAGUGGUGAAGACAAGUCAGGGCUUGCAGGUGACCUUGGUAAAAGGGGCUAUUGCAGAUGAACAGGUUGAUGUUAUUGUGAACACUGUUGGGAAAGACCUUGAUUUGAAUAAUGGUGCUGUAUCAAAAUCACUGCUAACCGCUGGGGGCCGUGUGCUUCAAGAUCAGUGCAAACAAAAAGCACCUAAUGGCAAUGAAUUUGGCGAUAUUGUUCAGACGGAUGGAGGGAAGCUUAGAUGUAAAGCAGUCUACCAUGGAUCAUGUGAGAACUGGAAAUCUACUGGAGCAGAGAAGAUUUUGCUUAAGCUUGUUCAUACCUGUUUGGAAACUGCGACCAAGGCAGGAUUUUCUUCUAUUUCCCUCCCUGCUGUAGGAACUGGAAACCUGGGGUUUCCUAAGGAUGUUGUGGCCAGAGAUAUGUACCAAGCAGUGGCAGAGUUUGGAACACGUAACCCAACUACAAAACUUAAGGAUAUACGUUUUGUUGUAUAUGACAAAGAUGAUGCAAAUAUUGCAGCAUUUGAGGCAGAGAUAAGGAAUGUAACCACAAGUCCAACUAAGAAGAAACCAGGAUUUCAUGCAAUGAAUUCAGUGGAAUAUGAUGUAGAUAUAGAGGAUGAUGAUACUGCUGGUUCAUACAGAUCCAUAGUUGCAGGCAGUGAACCAAAUCAGAGGAUGGCAAUGGUUGGCAAACUUAGCCUCCAAGUUCAGCAGGGAGAUCUAACCCAAGAGACCACAGAUGCCAUAGUGAACAGUACCAAUGCAGAGCUGGAUCUCAGUAAAGGAGCUGUUUCUAAGGCAAUUCUAGCUAAGGCUGGACAGGACAUCUUAGAUGAAUGCAAACAUCAAAGUAAAUUAAUGAAGAGUGCUAGUGGUGUUGCAGCCACAGGAGCUGGACAACUUCCCUGUAAACAUAUCAUCCAUCUUGUUGCACCACAUGUAAAAAGUCUCUUUGGAUCAGCAUGGAAGAAACCCGUCUUAAACUGUCUAAAGAAAGCAGAAGAAAUGAAACUUUCUUCCAUAUGCUUUCCUGCUUUAGGAACAGGGGAACUGAGCUCUUCACCUAGGGAAACAGCUACAGUAAUGUUUGAUACCAUUGAAGAAUUUAGUAAGCAGUGCAACCCUCAGCAUCUGCGAAUGAUUCGUAUCACCAUAUUUCAGUCAAACAUGGUGAAAGACUUCCAUGAUGAGCUUAGUAAAAGAAUGAAAAAGAAAGAAAAGAAAGGAUACAUAAAACAUGCGAUUGAUGCUGGAGCAGGUAUUCUCACCAGCCUUACUGGUAUUGGAGCAAAAGCAAGCCUUACUGGUAUUGGAGCAAAAGCAAGCCUUACUGGUAUUGGAGCAAAAGCAGAACCAAAGAAGAAGGAGAAAAGAACUAAACUGACAGAACCCAUGUCCAUAUUUCUUACCAUUUUUUCUGACAACAAAGAGAGUAUUAAUCUUGCACAGAAAAAGAUAGAUGAAUUAUGUGAGUCACAGUGCAAGGAGAAACUUUUUGAUGAUGCUGAUAUGAUAACAAAAUUAUCUGACAAGCAGGUCAAACAAAUUCAAGAAUUGAACCAGUAUUAUCCUGUGCAUAUAAUGGUUGAAAUAAAACCCUGGGUAAAGCGCAUCCAUGUCCGGGGCACUACAGAAGAUAUCUAUGCAGUUACACAGGUUAUUGAAGGGAUCUUUCAAGAUGUGAGAGAUCAUGUUCAAAAGGAGUUAAGGGCUGAAGUUAUGGCUAGGUCAGUGCAGUGGUCUCGUCUGCAGAUAAGUGGUGAUGGCAGAGAGGAAUUUUGCAAAUAUUCCCCAAUGGAAAAUCUUGCCAUUGAGCAAGCAUACAGUGACAAGAAACCUUAUUACGACUUCUUGGAUAGUGAUGGCCCAUGCAGGAUAACAUUUGCUAAAAUGGAGAAGACCUAUCCUUCAUCAUCUGCAGCUCCAUGCCCUGUAAAGAGAGUUGAUCUCACAAAACUUGAUAGUUUUGAACUUCCAUCACAUUGGCAACAUGUGACCUAUGGUCCAAACAAACUGUGUGAGAUUGUAGAUUUACAACCAAGUCAACGGGAAUAUCAAGAAACUGAGACAGAAUUUCGCAAAACGGUUGGCAUGGCUAAGAUAAACCAGAUUGUAAAGAUUCAGCGUAUCCAGAACCCCAAUUUAUUUCAACAGUACAUAGUACGUAAGAAACACAUGGAGAAGGUUAACCCACCUGGGACAGUUAACGAGCGUAUGUUGUGGCAUGGGACCAGUUCAGACACAUUAGACAGUAUAAACAGAUAUGGCUUCAAUAGAAGCUACUGUGGCAAGAAUGCCACUGCUUAUGGUAACGGUGUGUAUUUUGCUGUCAAUUCUGCCUACUCUGCCAGUAACACCUAUUCCAAACCAGACAGUACGGGGAACAAGUAUAUGUACCAAUGCCUAGUUUUGACAGGAGAGUACACCAUGGGAAGACAUGGUCUUAUUGUGCCACCACAGAAAGACCCCAAUGACAAAAUGAUCCUUUUUGACAGUGUGGUGGACAAUGGCAAUACACCCACCAUGUUUGUUGUAUUCUCUGAUACUCAGGCUUAUCCUCAACAUUUGAUUAUAUUCAAUUAAAUGGUGGAUGUUUGGACAAAUUAAUGAGAGCUCUUGGCUUCUAUGUCAAUUUCUUUUAGUGCUGAUUUGAUGCAAGUGGAAUAUUAUAUUCGUUUCCUGCAAAAAAACAAAAAAUUUCAACACAUUUUUCUGAUGAAUAUGUGAUGCUUCAUUCUGACACUGAUUGGCAGGGUUUUUUAAUCAGUAAAAAAAUUCAAAGCUUGGUUUCAUAUCAAAUAAGAUAGUGGUUUGCAUUUGAGUCCAAAAUUAACUGACUAUUGAUUAUUAUAUUGUAAGCAUACGUGUAUAAUACCAUAUCUUAUAUACACAAAUUCAAUUUUAACUGAUCAUAUAUAUUGAUUAUUAUAUAAUAAGCACAUAAUACUUUAUCUUAUAUACAUAAACUCAAUUUCUGAUAAAACUGUCAUCACUAAAUAUUGGACUGAUGAUGUAAUUGAAAGUUUUUGGCUAAUAUUUUCCAUUUUUACGGCUCUUUGAAUAUUUGUCCCUAAUUCUUUAUUAAGAAAAUUGCUCUCUCUCUUUCUCUCUCAUGGUAAGCCAUAUUUAGAAGUUAGUUCACCAUUGAAAUACACCUGUCUUUAUUAUGGGUGGUUCAAAAACUAGAAACUUACAUGUAGAGUUAAGCAUUAGUGAUUAAGGGUUAAGUGUUGAAUUUUUAGGGUAAUUCAGUUUUUGUUGCUAUAAAAAAAGGUUUAAUACUCUCUGUAUGUGUUAGCUUUAACAGUGUCCUUCAUUAAAAUAAUUCAUGAGACUAUGGCCAAUAAAUUCUGCAUAUAAAAUAAAAAUGAAAAAGAUUUCCCAUGCCACAUGUG